AGGUCAGAUUCCCGCGUCAGAUUCCCAGGUCACAUUCCCAGGUCAGAUACCCAGGUCAGAGACUCCCAUGUCAGAUUCCAAGUCAGAUUCCCAAGUCAGAUCCAAGCAGCACAGAGACGACAGGGAUCAGAGAGAGUGACAGUGAAGGGAGUGUGGAGGGUGCGAGUGUGGUUAAAGCAGAGGGCGCAGUAGCUGACGUGGAGGAGGGGGUGAUGGACGCAGGAGGGGCAGUGUUCUUUGUCCCGCAGCGGCCCCGAAUGCCCCCCCUUCCGGUCUCCAUUCGCCGAAUGGAGAGAAUAGGGGAGUGACUUACCUCACCAGAAAUCAUUGUUGGUGGUGGCCAUGAUAGCCAGGAUGGUGGUGGCAGGGGUGAGGCGAGAGUGGUGCUGGGGAGUGGGGAUUGGUGCAGCUGGAGCAGGAAGGAGUAGGGUGGUGGUGGCACGUGCCACAGGUAGCAUGUGGACUAUGGAGAGAAUAGGCGACUGAUUUAUAGGUGCCACACCUACGAUGGCUGGUGAUGCGCAUCGUAGCGGGGAUGGUAGUGGUAGUGAGGAGGAGAGGUUGAUGGUAUUGGUUGGAGAUGAGAAUGCUGAGGUGGGAAGGAGAAGGGUGGUGCGGUGGGUGGUACGUGCAACAGGUGUGUGGAACCCAAAGAAGAUAGGCGAGUAACAGUAUACUGUACUUGGUGGGAGGAGGUAGACUCAUUUGCGAUUCAUUAUUGGAGGCUGGUUCUGAAUGAUGCCGAAAGCAAUGGUGAUGGUGUUGAUGAAUCUGAAUGUGUCAUUGCCAUAGAUAGAUGGGGUUCAGAAAUAAUAUGCUCUUACAAAAUUACGGACACUAUUUCCCUGUAACUCUCCUCAUAACGGGUACGCAAUCCGCCUGAAACCUGUUCCGAAUUCCCUUGGUGCGUCUAGGAGACCUGCGGCUCGAUAAGUGAGUGGAGUGGAGCACACCUGAAAUAACCACCCACGAGCAAACAACGCGGCACGGAAGCACCAGCCCCAUCAGGUGAGGUCAGGUCACUCGCUCGCCCUGCAACUCGCAGCAGCAGGCAGGGCCCAAGCCAGACUCAUCCUUCCCCUUACCUCCCGCAUAAAACCACUCCCUCGGCUAUUCCUCUCUCACAGCAAGCAAGUGGCUUUCCCAGCGCACAAAAGUCAGAUCAGAAACCAGUCAGAUUUCCAGUGACGAUCUCCAUACAGCUUGAGUGUAUAUAGCAGCUUCGUUCUCGAUACCCGUCCCUCCCAGCGCGUGAGAAUGGCCAGAGCCGCGCUUCUCGCGCUCUCCCUGGCGCUGCUCGUCGCCGUCGCGCGCGCCGGCAGCCCCAUCACGAGCUCGUCCGCCAACGAGAAGCCCGACCUGAGCAGCAAGAAGGACGACGGGCUCAUGACCGAAAUCCCCGCCGCGAUCGCGAAGGCUGCUGCGUCAGGCGACGCGGCCGGUGUUACCUACGUCGAUACCGCUCAGGAUACGUUUUUCAUGGCUGACGUGAAGAAAGCGGGGUGGAACGCGCAAAAGUGCCCGCCCGGUUUGAACAAGGAGCUGGCGGGAGCGUGCACGCCCAAGAACUGCUCCAAGGGCGGAAUCGCCGCCAAGUGGAAGACCGCCUACCUGCAGAAGAACAAGCUCGGUUACGAGCUGUACGUGCCGGGUAACCCGCUGACGCUGCUCAAGGCGAACCCCGCGUCGUGCUGCAACACGUGCGCCUCGACGCCCCUGUGCACGUACUGGCAGUACAUCCCCGAUAUCACGAUUGACGGAAAGAAGGGCAAGGGCGCGUGCUACCUGAUUCACGACCAGAUUGACUUCACGUGCGGAGAGAUGACCGCGCAGUACAGCACGGAGACGAAGCCCGUGCCCCUGCAGGUGCGCAUCGGCGGCGAGUGCAACCCCGCGGCGAAGAUCCUCAACGACCCGCAUCUGGUGGGCGCGCACGGCACGCACUUCGACUUCAACGGCCGCCCCGACAAGGCCUUCUGCCUGCUCACCGACCGCGACCUCCACGUGAACAUGCUCCUCCGCGGUUACUACGACGAGAGGACCGACAACGCGGCGCUGGUCGUCGACGGCAAGGCAGUGCACACGUGGAUCAAGGAGCUCGGCAUCGUGUGGACUGCCGGCGGCGUGGACCACAAGAUUCGGCUGGCGGCGCGCGGCGGCAAGCAGCAGGAGCGCGGCGAGGGAUUCAUGAAGAGCAUCGAGAUCGACGGCGAGGAGAUCCCUCGCAUGCAGGUCGGCGACAGCGUUACCGGCGCCGGCGGGCUCAAGGUCGAAUUCCGCGGGCUCGAGAAGGAGGGACCGUUCGAUGUCGAUUACUACCUGCUCACGAUCGACGGCCUGGUUUCGCUCGACCUCCGCCUGCGCGUGGCUCACCCCAAGCUGCAAACCCCGACCGACGCCGAGGCGCACAUCAAUGUGGGAAUUGCGGAGCUGGAGCACACGGAGGAGAUUCACGGCGUGCUCGGACAGACGUAUCGCGCGGAUCACUCGCAGCGCGCCGCGGACUUCCAGCGCCUGAUCGCGAGCCUGCACCGUCCGAUCUCCGCCGAUGGCGCGGAGGGCAAGGGCUUCCUUGAUGGCACACCCAGGUCGUACGAGGCGAGCGAUGUGCUUGCUGUGGAUUGCGCUUAUACCGCGUACGGCCGCGCCAGACAAGUCAUGCCCGUGCAGCCGUAAGUGCUGGUUCGGUGACUCCACAUGUAUUGUACAGUGGGCUGAACGUAUACUUAGGUAGCAUACAUCCAUAGGACUAAUAUUAGUGGGCUGAUUCUCCCAAAUGUAUUGGAUUUAUUUCUGCCAAACCACUCUUCAUACGGUUUUGACCUUU